AUGGCGCCGGCAACUCGAAGCCGCAACGUCCAGCAAAGCCCAGACAUGUGCUGCCGUAUCGCCGUCGCCUCCUCUCUGCUGCUCGUUGCUGGCCUGGCCGUCGCCGAGAUAGCGACACCUCUCGGCGUCAAGACAUGUGCUGACGACCAGCCUAAUGUCGUCGAAUGUCGGCGGAAGGCUCUACAGGACGCAGUGCCACAUCUGGCUACUGGCAUUCCGCAGAUGGGUGCCGCACCAAUCGACCCCCUGGACGAGCUGCCACCGCUGACGUGGCAGACCAACUCCAGAGGGAUGGCCCUCAAGUUCCGCCUCGACAACGCCCGUUUCACCGGCCUGGGGCGCUCCGUCGUCGACAACCUGCAGGUGGAUAACGUCAACAACCGCAUCCGAGUCGUUACCCACAUUGAUGGCGUCAACGCAUUAGAGGGCGCCUACGCCAUGUCCGGAAAAGUCCUCGGCGUCCCUCUGGACGGCAGUGGUUCCUUCAAGGUUUCUAUGCGCGGAGGCAACGCGGACGUGACGUACGCUGGACACCUCGAGACUGCUGACGGGGAUCAGUCAUACCUCAAGGUGGACUCAGUCAGCGUCAAGCUCGACUUGGGCCAAAGCCAGUAUGAACUCACUGGCCUCUUCGGGGACUUCAAGCCUCUAGUGCACGCCGGAAAUAUGUUCAUAAACAGCGUCGCCACGAAGGUUGUCCAACCCGAACUCCUGCCGACGCUGGAGAAAUGGUUGGCCGAAGUAUACCGCCAGCGUGCACAAGCCGUCUUCAGUACUGUACCCUACGACCAGCUCUUCCCUAAGAGGUCCGUUUACAGCGAUUCCUUCAGCGCGGUCUAA